UCUAUCCGUCCACCCAGGGUCUAGAGGGCCCUACGGUGGGUCAGACCCUGGGCUGGACACCGGGCACCUAACCCAAGAUCCAGGGUUCAGGAGCGCCUCCCUUCCUCCUGCCCCGGGUGGGUGCGGCUGGUGAGCGAUUUCACCGCCGAAAGGUCCAGAAAGCCCAAGCCCGGAAUCCAGGCGAGAGGCUCAGCUGGAGGCGGCCCGACUUGGGCGGCCCGGGAGCGCGCGUCUCCGAGGCCGCGCGGGGUCCCCCUGUCUGGCGCUCAGGUGACUCCGCCGCCCACUCCGCCGCUCCCCUUCCCGGACCCUCCCCUCUCCAGCGAGGGUCGAGUUUGGCUGUUGCGCGCGGGGAAGGAGGGGCUACGAGGGAUUUGAAAGUGCACAGGCUGCGGAGUGGAGCUCGCAUCUGUUCCCGCCGCCCGCGACCGGAUUAAAUUUCUGCAAAUUCAAACUGAAUGGGGCUUUCUUCUGCUGCCUUCCAGAGGGCGCCUGCAGCCCGCCGCGCGCUGCUCUCGGGCGGGAGCGGCCGCCGGGCGCACAGCUAGGAGCGAGCGAGCCGGACCCGAGCCCGGGCGGGCCAGCCGGCGGCGGCGAGGGCGGAGGCUGCGGAGGCGCCCGGGCUCCGGCACCCAGGCACCGGACCGCGCCCCCCGCCGCCCCUCUCCGGCCAGCGCGGCUCCCUGCACACCCGAGGGGGGCGACCGUCAUCAGCCGGCCUGACGGGACCCGGGGCGGAGUCCCGGUGUCCUGAAAGGGGCCCAGGCGACCCUCUGAAGAAGAACUUCUUGGGGGCGGGUCCCCGGCAUCCCGUCGCCUGGGCGGCCGCUAUUGUCUGCGCGCGGCGCUUGGCGGCGGCCCGGGGCGCGGGAGGCGCGCGGGCCGGGCGGGGCCGGGCCCAGGGCGGCAGCAGGAGGAGCCGGGGGCGCCGGGGAGCCGGAGGAGGAGCCGCGAGCGCGGGAGCCGGGCCGGAGCGGCGGGCGAGCGCGAUGCCGGCGGCGGCGGGGGACGGGCUCCUGGGCGAGCCGGUGGCGCCCGGGGGCGGCGGCGGCGCCGAGGACGCGGCCAGGCCGGCGGCGGCCUGCGAGGGAAGUUUCCUGCCGGCCUGGGUGAGCGGCGUGCCCCGCGAGCGGCUCCGCGACUUCCAGCACCACAAGCGCGUGGGCAACUACCUCAUCGGCAGCAGGAAGCUGGGCGAGGGCUCCUUCGCCAAGGUGCGCGAGGGGCUGCACGUGCUGACCGGAGAGAAGGUGGCCAUAAAAGUCAUCGACAAGAAGAGAGCCAAAAAAGACACGUAUGUCACCAAGAACCUUCGGCGAGAGGGGCAGAUCCAGCAGAUGAUCCGCCACCCCAACAUCACCCAGCUCCUCGAUAUCUUAGAGACGGAGAACAGUUACUAUCUGGUCAUGGAGCUGUGUCCCGGGGGCAACCUCAUGCACAAGAUCUACGAGAAGAAGCGGCUGGAGGAACCCGAAGCCCGCCGAUACAUCAGGCAGCUGAUCUCUGCGGUGGAGCAUCUGCACCGGGCCGGGGUGGUCCACAGAGACUUGAAGAUAGAAAAUUUGCUACUAGAUGAAGACAAUAAUAUCAAGCUGAUUGACUUUGGUUUGAGCAACUGCGCGGGGAUCCUGGGCCACUCCGACCCAUUCAGCACGCAGUGUGGCAGCCCUGCCUAUGCGGCACCCGAGCUUCUUGCCAGGAAGAAAUAUGGCCCCAAAAUCGAUGUCUGGUCCAUAGGUGUGAACAUGUACGCCAUGUUGACUGGGACCCUGCCUUUCACGGUGGAGCCUUUUAGCCUGAGGGCUUUGUACCAGAAGAUGGUGGACAAGGAAAUGAACCCGCUCCCUACCCAGCUCUCCACAGGAGCCAUCAACUUCCUGCGCUCUCUCCUGGAACCAGAUCCCGUGAAGAGGCCCAACAUUCAGCAAGCACUGGCGAACCGCUGGCUCAAUGAGAAUUACACGGGCAAAGUGCCGUGUAAUGUCACCUACCCCAACAGGAUUUCCCUGGAAGACCUGAGCCCCAGCGUGGUGCUGCACAUGACCGAGAAGCUAGGUUACAAGAACAGCGACGUGAUCAACACUGUGCUUUCCAACCGGGCCUGCCACAUCCUCGCCAUCUACUUCCUGUUAAACAAGAAACUCGAGCGCUAUCUGUCAGGGAAAUCCGACAUCCAGGACAGCGUCUGCUACAAGACCCAGCUCUACCAGAUAGAAAAGUGCAGGCCCACCAAAGAGCCCUAUGAGGCCUCCCUGGACACCUGGACAAGAGACUUUGAAUUCCAUGCUGUGCAGGAUAAAAAGCCCAAAGAACAGGAAAAAAGAGGGGAUUUUCUUCAUCGGCCGUUUUCCAAGAAGCUGGAUAAGAGCCUGCCCUCGCACAGACAGCCCUCGGCCUCGCUCGUCACGCAGGUUCAGGACGCCAAGGCCCUGCUGAAGGACCGCAAGGCCCCCAAGUCCGGCUUCCCCGACAGAGAUUCCUUUGGCUGCCGCAAUAUUUUCCGCAAAACCUCAGACUCCAAUUGUGUGGCUUCUUCUUCCAUGGAGUUCAUCCCCGUGCCACCUCCCAGGACCCCCAGGAUUGUCAAGAAACUGGAGCCCCCUCAGCCAGGGCCUGGAAGCACCGGAAUCCCCCCCAAGGAAGACCCCCUGAUGCUGGACAUGGUGCGCUCCUUUGAGUCUGUUGAUCGCGAUGACCAGAUAGAACUGCUUUCCCCGUCCCAUCACUAUAGGAUUCUAAACUCUCCCGUGGGCUUGGCUCGCGGAAAUCCCAGCGAGCGGACGCUCUCCCCGGUUCUGCUGCCCGGAAGCCCAUCACCUCUCCAAACUCCUUUGCAUCCCACUCUCAUCUCCUUUGCUCACGAAGAUAAGAACAGCCCCCCAAAAGAGGAGGGCGUGUGUUCCCCACCUCCGGUUCCCACUCACGGCACCACGCAGCCUCUGGGGAGCCCGAAUUGUGUGAAGAGCCGAGGCAGGUUCCCCAUGAUGGGCAUCGGACAGAUGUUGAGGAAGCGGCAUCAGAGCCUGCAGCCCUCGGCGGACAGGCCCCUGGAGGCCAGCAUGCCCCCGCUGCAGCCCAUGGCCCCCGUGAGCCUCUCCUUUGACAUGGCUGAUGGGGUCAAAGGCCAGUGUUAGUCUGGGCCAGCGGCAGGAUUCUGGGUUCUUCUAAAGGAGGUGAUGGAAUAGAGCUCCACACAUCUGUCAGGGUGUGAAGAUUCCAUGGCCUCAUCUUCUCCUGCCGUGCAACGUCCCAACUGUGGAACAGCUGAAAUCCACAAAUCCAAAGCCUAUACAACCCAGUCCCGUGUAGGAACCGCCAGAGAUGCUGGAAUCCACUAGAAGUGUUGACUGUGGGUGCAGCCGGUUCCAAUCAUUCAUGUCAUUCUUCCUCCCUCCUACUCACUCGCCCUCCGCCCACCUCCCUCAGCUGGGCUCCGGGGCGAAAGCCGGCAUCGGCCUCUGGGCUACUCCAAUUACUGACUGUUACUCGACCUUUCUUCACCCUGUGCUCUGUGUGUGCCUCUCAGUGGAUUGUUCUCUUUUCAGCAGUCGGCCGCGGUCGCGUGGGGACUGACUGAGGCAUCACAAAGCAGUUCAUCUGGGCCACGGUUUCCCUUCCUUUUGUAGCAGUGAGUCCUGCAGGCUGGCGGGAGCUGGCCACCCAGUGUGGAGCACCAGGCCCCGAACCUCAGAGGAAGACGGGCAGGAACCUCUGCCACCAGCACCGCCUCCUCUGAGCAGAAAGGGGCAGCUGGGCAAGGACUGAUCUAAACAGUAGGGACCCCCAGAAAAGAAAAAGACUGAAGGGGACACUCAUUUGCCAAGCAAGGUUUUGACAGAUUUUUUUUGUUUAUUGGUUGGAACUUGCUAAUGGUCGAAUUAUCUUCUCCAAAGAUGAUUUCUCUUUAUGUGAGGUCGUUAAAUCGAAGUAACAUAAUUUUUAAAAACCUGUAUAGAGAGACGAGAAGUGAUUCCACCAAACUCAUGUUUUCCCGAAAGGCUAAGCAUGAGAGCAUAAGAGCUCACCAGGAGAUGUUUUCAGUGGCUGGUGGACCGCAGGAGCCUGCAGGAGGGGCAUGGUCCCAGCCGGCCCUCUGUUCUUCCCACUGCAUCAACAAAGCCCCGAUCCUUCUGGAAGGCAUAGAACAUAAUUACAUUUGAUUAUUUAGAAAGAGAGAAAAUGGUUAAGGUUGAAUUUGGAUGGCAAGAAGACACCAUUACCUCUGUGCAAUACAGUUUUCAAGCUGCCAAGAGAAAAAGUGAGGUUUAGAGAGCUCAGCUGGUUUGCUGUGAGCUGUGAGCAGGCUGGCCUGGCUGGCGGGGAUCAUGUUCCUAAUACGGUACGUGUCUUCUUGGAGGGAAGCAGCGUUUCUCCAAUAGGCUUUUGAGUCCGUGUUCUGUUCUCACACCUUUUGCCAAGGAUUGAACCAAAGAUGCGUCUCCGGUUCUGUGUCAGUGCCGUCCCUGUGUGCGUGUUUUGUGGACCCUAGUGUUGUCUGACCAUUUCCAGCUGGAGCCUGGGCCCUGGCACUUGGUGGGGGGGGCCACUCGGUCGUGAGCAGAGUUGAGAAAAGAAGAAGAAUUAGCACAGGUUGGAGCGCUAUUAGCUCAGGAGACAAGUUACCCCACGGCCUGGCGUCUUCAACUGUUGACAAGUGCAGGUGUGACCAGAAACCACCGCUGUGGUGGUCACUCCAAGGCUAGUCUUCUCAACCCACUUGUUCCAGAACAGACCUCGGCCCUUGAGAAUUGCAAAGCCUGCCUUCAUUUCCAUUGGCAGCCAGCCCAUGCCGGAGAGUGGUGAGGUGGUUCUUCAUCUUUUCUCAUUUACCAGUAGUGAUUUCCUUCGGCCCUCACGUCUGUGACUGAGUGAGGAGAGCACGCAUAUUUGGCUGGCCCCAGAAGCCACCUCGAUGCCCAGUCAUGGCUGCUUCCCCUUUGAUGGGAUCGUCCCCGCUCUAGGGGUUCUUAUGAGGAGGUCAGGCUCCUGGCUGUUGUGUUAUUCCUUUGUAUGGCUCCAGACUGGGUUCCGGAACUUUCCAUUGAAAAUAGAGCUUUUUAGGCAGAGAGAAGAAAAGAAGCUUUUCUGAAAAAGACUCUCUCCAUUUGAUGUGAAGUGUUUGGUUUUCGAUCAGUGAAGAAACCUCUUUUGAUGGUGUCCAGCUGCAAGUGUCCCGCUCUGCAGGUUCCCAGGCUGUGUUCCUGUGCCUUGUGGACCUCCUCUAGUCCUUUGUGUCUCUUUCUUGUAUCUUACCUUCCUUGAGAGCGUGAGCAUUUCUGUGUCGCCGUUAGCUUGUUGGAACUUGUUUCCCAUUCCUUGCUUGCUUCAAGAACAGCUGUGGACUGUCAUCUAGCUAACUGACUGCAUCACCGUUGGUAACUUGAACUGUGACCUCAGGUUUAUUCCGAACCCAGUGAGACGUGAGGGGGAGUGGGGAAGGGGGGUAAACCGUAUUUUUGUGUGUGUGAGCACCUGACAAAUCUAUGAAAUCGAGCGAAAGAAGAAAUGUUAAAUUCUUUAUUAUUUUAUUAUAUUUAUAUGGAAAACUUGAGUAUCCUUUGGUUAGUACAAAGCGUGUUGUCUCUGUGACCCGUGACUGUCUCUCAUUAGUCUGAGCCUGUGUGCUUAGUCAGCCUGUAGUGACUGACGGAUGUGACUGAACUAUCAUCAUGUGAAAUCUAGAAGGAAGUCAACUUUAAUUGUACGAUUUGGUCAUAAGUAAGGACUGUAUUUAUGUCACCAUUAUUAAAUAUAUGUACUUUUAUAAUGACUGUGAAAUACACUUUUCCCUCGCUAUGACUGCUUCCUUUAUUUUGCUGAUAAACCUGAAAAAUUGAGUAUGUUGCAAAUAGUCGUACCAUCUUCUGUGUAAAUUUCUUGGCCCAGCAACUGACUAGAUCCAAGGGGGAAUCAAGUUGUGGGCAUUUGAGGGCAUUUUCCGCUUCAGGAUCCCUCCUUCAUUUCACCUGCAACUGGUGUGUCUGCAAAAGUCUACCUCUGACAUACGGCAAAGGGCAGAUCAAGAUGAAUCACCAUUUUUCUUUUUGGGGGGAUCUGGAUGUCCCAUGGAGACUCUGAAAAUGGUACAUGAAGAAUGACAUCUGUAAACACUACCUCUAAAAUUUUGUCCUUGUUUUUAGACCUUGGUGAGGAGUGGG